CGUGGGCUCAUCGGCUACCUCGGUGAACUCUCCUAGCAAGACUGCAAUGGAGGUUCAAUUCUGCCAUAUAUAUCAAUGUUUUUAACGUGAACAGCCCCCAAAACCUGGCCCCCUUUACACCAUGGGUUGCACAUUAAGUGCAGAAGAAAGGGCCGCCAUUGCCAGGAGUAAAGCAAUCGAGAAAAACCUCAAACUUGAAGGAGCUCGAGCGGAGAGGGAUGUGAAGCUGUUGUUGCUUGGUGCUGGUGAGUCAGGGAAAAGCACAAUAGUAAAGCAAAUGAGGAUUAUACACGACCAUGGCUUUUCUCCUGAAGACUACAUCCAGUACAGGCCUCUCGUCUUCAGCAACACCAUUUAUUCCUUGCUUACAAUAAUACGAGCAAUGGACAAAUUACGAAUUGACUUUGAAAACGAUGCAAGAUUGAUGGACGCAAAAUUGGUGUUCGAUGUAAUAGCUAGGGCAGAUGACACCGAGCCUUUCACACCCGAACUCACGGAAUCUAUGGAAAGACUUUGGAAAGAUGCCGGGGUUCAGCAAUGCUUUCAUCGAUCUAGGGAAUAUCAACUUGGCGACUCGGCGAAAUAUUAUCUAGAUUCACUGCAAAGAAUAGGUGCACCAAACUACGAAGCAACUGAGCAGGACUUAUUGCGCACUAGAGUCAAGACUACGGGAAUAGUUGAAGUUCAGUUUGAUUACAAGAGACUGCAUUUCAAACUUUUUGAUGUUGGGGGCCAGCGCUCUGAGAGAAAAAAGUGGAUCCAUUGUUUUGAGGAUGUGACAGCAAUAAUCUACUGUGUGGCACUGAGUGCUUAUGAUCUCACCCUAGAGGAGGACGAGUCUACGAAUCGAAUGGAAGAAAGUCUAAAACUGUUUGAAUCUAUUAUCAACAACAAGUGGUUUGUGGACACCUCCGUUAUACUGUUUCUAAACAAGAAGGAUUUGUUUGAAGAAAAGAUAUCUAAAUUUCCUCUGACUUUAUGUUUUCCUGAAUAUUCAGGCCCAAGUACAUUCGACGAAGGAGCAAAGUACAUAAGGAAACAAUUCGAAAGCAAGAACUUAAAUGAUGAAAAAGAAAUAUACACUCAUUUGACAUGUGCUACGGACACGCAAAACAUCAAUUUUGUAUUUAAUGCAGUGACUGAUACUAUAAUUGCCAAUAAUUUAAAGGGAUGCGGACUAUACUGACUGACUGAUGGAGAAAAUACGCCGGGUGGCAGUCGUCGUAGAAUCAAUUGGUUCAUAGCUUUAUCCCUAAAGUAUGACCAGGGAGGCAUUGAUGGGUUUUUACGAUUGGUUGACCAAGUAUAGACCCUUGAGGAACCCCAUGGAAUAAACUCUAGUGAGGGCAGACUUGAGGAAAUACGUGAUGCGUUCCAAUGGAACAGGUUGUAUUCUCUCAGGAGAGCAUAAUGGCUCUCUUGAUUCUCCACAGAAUUAUAGUGAUAAUCAACAUAAUAGCAAACCAAAGGACCAAACAAAUUUUGCCCUUCCUGCUUUACACAAUGUUGUCAAGGCCUUCCAAAACUUUGUGUAACACAGCUAUAUCUUACGUUUUCAACGUCACGAAACAAAAUAUAAUGAUAUUACUUUAAUUUUUAAUAAAUUUUUAAAGAAUUAUUAAAUUGUCAUAAUGCAACACUCAGCAUUCAACAUUCCCAAUCACUUGAAUCUAUGUAACACUUUUAGCUGAAUAAUUUUUUAUGGUGUAAAUAUCAUUCAGUGAAUGUAAGAAAAGAAAUGUGUGUUUUUGAA